AUGGCAGCUGCGCGAGCGAAGCUUGAGGAGCUGCGGGCGCUCCGCGCAGCCGGCAAGAAGCGCCUCUCAACAUAUGAGGUAGAAGAACAGGACUCGAUUUACGAUGAAGUCGACGAAGAAGGCUACAAAAAGGUCGUUCGACAGCGUCUGGACGAGGACGACUUCGUCGUUGACGACAAUGGCGAGGGAUACGUCGAUGACGGUCGUGAAGUCUGGAAUGAUGACCCUAUGAUUGACAGCGGCAGUGACAGCGAGGAGCUGCCCGCAAGAGGGAAGGCUGCGAAGAGAAAACGUGAAGAAGAGAAGCAGAGAAAAGAGAAGAUCAACAAUGGCAUCUCGCGUUAUUUCAGUAGCGCUGCUGCCGCACCGGCUCCCAAGCCGAAGUUCGAAUACUAUCGCCGCCGUUAUCCGAAAACUCGCGCACCCGAAGACAGGUGGAGAAGCAAGGUUGACAAGGUCGACAAGGUUGACGACACAUCAGCAGCAUCGGUCAGCCAAGAACCUGAUCUUGACCUUGGAGAUGAUGAUGAUGGCAUGCUUCCUGGUGUUGGUGAUGAGAAUAUCCCCACGAGCGAUCCCAUUGUAUCGUCCCCUGUCAGCAAAGCAGUCGAGAGAAAGGCCUCUGUUGCUGCCAAGGUGGAAGCGGGGGAGAAUGACGACCAGGAUGAUGAUGAUGACAUGAUGGAUAUCGCUCAAGCCACCGGCCACCAUGACAGUAAAGCUGCCAGCGUUAACAUGACGGGAAGUCGACCCCCUCCCAAAAUUAAGAAGGAGCCUUACCCGUCCCCUACAAGCUCAUCUCCCCCAAGAGCUACAUCGGAUGCGGUCGAUGCGUCAUGGAACGAUGUCACAAGCAAACUCAACGUCCUCAGCAGCCCUGCCACAGAAAGCCGCACGUUCGGCAAGCUGCGAGCGCAGGAUGUGGUCGAAGAGGAUGGUAGCGUGCGAAUGUUCUGGAUUGACUAUACCGAGGUUAACGGCAGCUUGUGUCUGUUUGGGAAAGUCAAGAACAAGCAGGACGGAUCGUAUGCUAGCGCAUUUGUCAAAAUCGACAAUAUCCUGCGAAAGCUAUAUUUCCUUCCUCGAGAAUAUAGGCAUAAGCAUGGCAGAGACACGGAUGAAGAGGUAGACAUGGAGGAUGUCUACCGUGAGGUUGACGAAAUCAUGUCGAAACUCAAGGUCGGCAUGCACAAGAUCAAGCCAUGCACUAGAAAGUAUGCUUUCGAGUUGCGUGACAUUCCCAAGGAGGCUGAGUACCUUAAACUCCUAUAUCCAUACGAUAAACCAGCGUUGCCUAUGGACUUGAAGGGCGAGACCUUCUCUCACGUCUUCGGCACUAAUACGGCACUUUUCGAGCAAUUCGUUCUCUGGAGGCGCAUCAUGGGUCCUUGCUGGCUCAAGAUUGAAGAAGCUGAUUUUACUGCGGUCAGUAAUGCGUCGUGGUGCAAGUUCGAAUGCCAGGUCUCAAAGCCAGCGCUCAUCACCCCUCUUCCCGACUCAGACAUGGAAGCACCGCCAUUGACCCUCAUGAGUCUCGCCUUCAGGACUGAGCUCAACGUCAAGGAGAAUAAGCAGGAAAUCCUUGUAGCGAGUGCACGGGUCUACGAGAACGUUUCUCUCACCGACACAACACCACCCGAGAAACUCCCGUGCAAGACUUUUACUGUGAUGCGGCCUUUGGGCUCCGCAUAUCCCCUAGGCUUUGAGGCUGAGACUCGAAAACGGCGGGGCACCUACAUGUUGGAGAAGAAUGAGCAGUUCCUCCUGAGUAAAUUUCUGGCUCUCUUCGAGAGAAUGGAUCCCGAUAUUCUUAUGGGUCAUCAACUCCAGGAAGUGGAUCUCGGCAUCCUGUUGAACAGGAUGAGGGAAAAGAAGACACCCGGCUGGCAUCGUAUUGGCCGCUUAAAGCGUAACGAGUGGCCAAAGAACUUCAAUAGAGGUGGAGGUUUUUUCGCAGACAGACAUCUCAUCGCUGGUCGAUUGAUGUGUGAUCUUGCGAACGACAUGGGAAAGUCUCUGAUGUUGAAGUGUCAAUCCUGGAGUUUGACAGAAAUGUGCGAGCUCUACCUAGGUGAUGAUCAUCAGCGCCGUGACAUAGACAAUGACACUGCACUGAAAACCUGGGCAACGACAAAGGAAGGGCUCAUGAACUAUGUCAGUCAUUGCGAAGCAGAUACGUAUUUCAUUGCCGCGUUGGUCCUGCGCCUUCAGAUGCUUUCUCUGACGAAGGUUCUCACCAACCUCGCUGGCAAUUCCUGGGCGAGAACCCUCACUGGAACUCGUGCCGAACGGAAUGAGUACAUUUUACUUCAUGAGUUCUACCGCAAUAAGUAUAUUUGCCCGGACAAGCAAACGAAGCAGCAAAGGGCCGAGGAAAAGAUACUGGAUGGUGACGAGGACUCUGUUGACAAGAAAAAGAAAGACAAGUACAAGGGUGGUCUUGUCUUUGAGCCCGAAACAGGUCUCUAUGACCGAUAUGUUCUGGUCAUGGACUUCAACAGUUUGUAUCCCAGCAUCAUCCAGGAGUUCAACAUCUGCUUCACCACAGUAGAUCGAAGCGAAACGGCCGAGAACGAAAAUGAAGAGAAAGUGCCCGAACUCCCGUCACCUGACCAAGAACAGGGCAUCUUACCUCGCCUCAUUGCGACGCUGGUCAGUCGCCGGCGAGAAGUGAAGAAGUUGAUGAAGAACAAGCGUGCAACUCCAGAGGAGCUUGCUCUGUGGGACACGAAGCAGUUGGCCUUGAAACUGACUGCCAACUCUAUGUACGGCUGCCUGGGAUACACUCAAUCUCGCUUCUAUGCACGCCCCCUCGCAAUGCUCACGACUUUCAAAGGCCGUGAGAUUCUUAGAAGCACCAAAGAACUUGCGGAGUCGAAGCAGCUGAAAGUCAUAUAUGGUGACACGGACUCGGUCAUGAUAAACACCAACAUGGACAAUAUCAGCGAUGCGCUCAAAGUGGGCGAAGAGUUCAAAAAAUCCGUCAAUGAACGGUAUAGGUUGCUAGAGAUUGACAUCGACAACAUCUUCCGUCGUCUUCUUCUUCACGCCAAAAAGAAGUACGCAGCCAUCAACAUUACCGAAGUGGAUGGCAAAUACGUCGACAAGCUGGAAGUCAAGGGAUUGGACAUGAAGAGACGUGAAUACUGUGCCUUGUCCAAGGAAGUCUCAUCUAAGCUUUUGACUGAAAUUCUUUCUGGCGAAGAUCAGGAGCUUGUCCUCAACAAGGUCCACGACUACUUGCGUGAUUUGACGACGAAGAUGAAGGAAUAUGCCAUUCCAGUGCAGAAAUAUGUCAUAUACACGAAACUUUCUAAACGACCGGAAGAAUAUCCCAAUAAAGAGACGAUGCCUCCCGCGCAGGUCGCUCUCCGAGAAAUUGCUCGUGGGAAAACGGUACGACCAAAUGAUGUUAUUUCGUACAUCGUCACCACCGGUGACUCGGAGACAGCUUCUCUUCCCCCGGCGAAGCGGUCUUACACCCUUCAAGAUGUGAUGAAGCCCGACUCUGGAUUGAAGCCGGAUGUGGAGUAUUACCUUUUGAAGCAAAUCUUCCCACCGAUUGAACGACUCUGUGCACCUAUUCCUGGUACCGAUGCCGUUCGUCUAGCCGAAUGUCUAGGUCUGGACGUCCGCAAAUAUCAGAUUAACAAUUCUCAUGCGAAUAAUCAACAAAAUGCCGAUAUUUGCCCCUUGGAAUCGCAGAUCCCCGAUUCGGUGCGUUUCGAGAAUGCAGCCCGUCUGACUCUACGAUGUCGAUUCUGCCAUGAGUCCUGCAUCUUCGAGGGUCUAGUCACGUCCGCCAAGAUGUGCACGCCGCAUGGCUUAGUAUGUCCGAACCCAAGCUGUGCUAAGCCCUUCUCAGUCGUCUCCAUCGUCGCGCAGGUGGAGAGUCAGAUUCGUGCCCAAAUAGCUAGAUACUACGAAGGUUGGCUUGUGUGCGAUGACGCUGCCUGCAGAAACCGGACACGGCAGAUGAGCGUCUAUGGGCACCGCUGUCUGGGUCCUCGCGGUCACGCAGAAGGCUGCCUGGGCCGAAUGGCUUACGAGUACACGGAAAAGCAGAUGUACAACCAGCUUCUCUAUUUCGCCAGUCUCUGGGACGUGGACAAGGCAAAGGCUGCUGCCGAGAAGGAGACCAGCGUGGAGAAGGACAGCAUCAUAGCUCUUGCUGAGCAUAACCGGACGAGAUUCGGAACCGUGAAGGAGGUCGUUGACGGUUACUUGAAGAAGUGUGGAAGGCAGUGGGUUGAUAUGGACAUUUUGUUUAGUUUCAUGAUGGCAUAA